UUUAAUGAAGGGAAACCGGGGACUGGGAGAGUGGAGUUGAUGCUUUCGGUGUCUUGAAUUGUUGAGAACCCCUAUAAUGGUUUCUAGUCUCGGUUUGCGGUUCGACGAAUCAAGCGGCGGUACACGAAGAUGAGAAGGAGAAUUUUCUUUUGGUACGGUCACGGGACGAACAUCCUCCCAUUCGUGAUGGCCGACUACUCUCAAUGGCCAAGUCUCCUGGAUACAUCAGGCUCGAAACGAAAUAUGCCACGAGCCUCUCUGAAUCCUGGGCUUGAGGCUGACGAAACUCGCCAUGUUGGCAACAAUACAGCACACACAUUAGAGGGGAGAAAGAGGAGAAACUUUGACAGAAAGCAAAGUAGUACAGCGGCGAGAUGGAAGCCGCACGUACGCCGAGGCUCGACGGUCCUGUACCCUGCCCUACUACAGGGUCCGCUCCCGCCAGCCGGACUACUUGGUAGUAUGGUUGCGGCACACACGGAAGCAGGCGCGGCGGCACGAAGAUGUCAGCCGUCUUUGCCUCGGAACCCACAGCGGUGGGCCUGGUCAUUAGAGACUGGGGACCACCGCUAUUUUCCUUCCAGAGACUAUUGGUCGGAACAUUGUCGACCACGAAGAAUGGUGGCAGCACUCGCAGAAGAUGGAGACCAAGGCCAUGAAGGCUCUGUCAUGGUGGUAGGACGGGGAACCUACCGAGCGUCAAUGGCCAAGCUGGUCGCAGAUGUACGCUCGGUGAGGUGUCUUGUCGAUGUAGGUCGGUCCUGCGCCUACGUGCUCCCCCCCUACGCAUAUUUGGCGGGUGUCGGGCUCUAAUCGCUCGCGGACUUUUGACAUGAUUUUGUUAGAAAAAAAAAGUCUGGGGCAAUGAUGUUUGUUUCUCCUCUUUUUUUUUUCUUAUUCAUUUCUCUGUUUCGCAAUUGCAUUCGAGGCGUGGACUAUUCGCAUGAAGGCGGCUUCAAGGGGGACAAGGAAUCCUUGCAAUUAGACGACGUCGUUGUCAUAAAAAGGAGAAACAAAAAAUGGAUCAUG